AUGGUGUUGAUCCACUUGUCCGAGUUUGGCGCUGAAGCCGCGCGUGGUCUCGUACUACCGACGCUGUUUACAUAUGUACAAGAACUUGGUGGGGGCAUGACGGAUAUCGGUCUUCUCACUGCCCUCUUCAGUGUGGGGAGGUUCUUCUCGUCGCUCUUGUUCGGAUGGCUUUGUGACCGCACGUCGUUUCGAGUGCUGUACAAUGUGGCUGGAGGGUGUGCAGUACUAGGGAACGUGUUGUACAUCUUGCCAUACAGUCCGUCAGUACACAGUAGAACGGUGCUUGCGUUAAGUCGAUUUGUCAUCGGAUUUGGCGCCGGUAAUCGAAGUGUUUGUCGCGCUAACAUCGCGAUGCUCACACGAGUGGAUCAGAGACUUCAAUACUUCACCCUGUUUGCAACAGUGGUUUUCCUAGCAUACGCGUUAACUCCAGGACUCGGCAGUGUCGUUGGGGACACAGAGAUCAAGAUGGGAGGCGAUCUGAUCCAGUUUAACCGCUUCACAGCUCCAGGGUUCCUGCUUGUCGCACUCAAUUUGGUCACAAUCGUCUUUAACAACCUCAUCUACGACGACUCAAUAUCUCGCGAUGACGCUCCGGACUCUCCAACAAUUAUAGCACCGUCUAUUCUCUCGGAUCGUGCGGUGACAGUGGGGAUGUUGGCGUUUAUCUUCUUAAACUUCAUCGCUCGUGGCAUUCUCUCGAUUUUCGAGACUGUCAACGUCCCGCUCUUCCUGGAAAUGACCAACCGAAUGACUGCCGCGGAGCAGGACUCGGUGGAGGCAACACAAGAUGCAUCGACGUUCUACCUUGUAGUUGGUCUGCUGGGAUUGGUAUCCUACGGCUCCGUACAGUUCCUACGCAAGAAAGUGUCCGACGUGAGUUUCUUACUCUUCGGCUUCUCCAUGCUACUCGUAGGCAACGCAAUUCUCUUGACAUUAUGUGCGGACAUGCACGUAAAUAACGCGCGAAGCGAUGACGUGGAUGAAGAUCAUUCUCAGCUUCAAUUUAACGUCUUUGUCGUUGCUGAAGUGUUCGUUUGGAGCAUUGGGUGUCCGUUAACUUCGGCAGUAGUGGUGUCUGCAUUCUCGAAAGUGCUCGGUUCAAGACCUCAAGGUUUUCUCAUGGGCGUAUUCGGCGCGUCUGCGUCUGUAGCACGGAUGGUGUUGCCAUUCCUGCCCAGUUUAUUGGCCUCUUGGCCACUUCUCUUCCUUAUCAGUAUGGUUCUGUGUGCGAUCUGUAUCCUCGUACUCGCACUCUAUCUCGGAUUCAUCUCCAGACAACGUGCGGAUAAACUAACGGUAACUUACGAUAGCGUCCAAUUACAUUCAGACGGACGGGAACAAGUUUAA